AUGUUACAAAAUUCGACCUACAUCGAUCAGGUUGAGAGACGGUUAAAAUUAUUUUUACUUCAUGUAUUGACCGAAGACGAUGAUUACUUGAAACGUUUGUCAACAAAACCAUUGCUAAUACCGAAACUUUUAUCAUUAAUUUCAAGUGAACAUGAAUCCUCGAAACCGCUAGAAAGAACUAAAAUUGAUGAAGAGAAUCUUUUGAAAAUUCUCAAAAUGAUUGAUUAUUUUUCAUUCGUUCAACCAAUUGAAAUGAAUGGAAUUAUUGAAAAUUUAACUUCUCUUUCAACAUACAUUAUAUUGUGUUUAGAAAAAUUAACAAAAAUAUCAAAAUGUCAACGAAUUCUUCGUAAUCAUAAUGGAAUACCAAUUUUAUUGAAUUAUUUAAGAGUAUGUUUGCAGUUCGAAUCCAAUUUAAACAAUCCUAGAAGCAUAAGAGAACUGUCUAAUUAUUCAGUCUAUGUGAACUCGUCGACAAAUGCCGUAAACACUUCGGAAGAAUGUCCCUGUGAAACAAAAUUGGUACAUAAUUUUGACCAAGAUACCAUACGGCGUAAUACAUCUAUAUGUGGAAUAUUGUCUCAAUUGGCAAUGAAUGAUUUUUAUGCUCAAAUUAUUGCACGUGAAAAUGGUAUACAUUUGAUUGGUUCACAAUUAUUAAUUAAAAUUAAAAGAACUAAUAAUGUUGAAAAUCAACAGUUAAUUGAUACAAAUAAAUUUGGAUUAGGAAAUAUUCGUCAUUUAUACGCAAAUGCAUUUUGUGCAUUACGUAGACUAUUUACAUCUGAACAUAAUCGCCGUUUAAUCAAAUCAUUUUUACCAUCAUCCUUAUUAUCGGAAUUAAUCGAAAUCAACAUCAACACAUCAACAGUUACAAAUGAUUAUCAAAAAUUAGUCAAUCUACUUGAAUCAUUGAAUAAUGAAGAAUAUAAUGAACUUAUUGAAGGUAUUAUUUCUUGUGACGUAAAUCGAACACCUAUUCAUUAUGUACGUGAAUAUUCAAUAUUGGAAUUACUUGGAACUGGUGCAUAUGGUAAAGUUUUUAAAGCAACGAAAGAUAAAAUGUGUCAUAAUAGUUAUGCAAUUAAAAAGGUUAGUACCAGUCAAAUAUUUUUUGGUCGAACUUCCAAUGAACGUCAAAAGUGUAUUGAUCGUAUAUUGAAUGAGGUGAAUGUUAUACGUCAACAACUAAGGCAUCCAAAUAUUGUUCGUUAUUAUAAAACAUUCUUAGAUUCUGAUCAUUUGUACAUUGUGAUGGAAUUAUUGGAUGGCGUUUCGUUGACAGAGUUACUUAUAUCUUUUAAAGAGAAGAAUAUAUAUUUCAGUGAAUCACAAAUCUGGAAUAUGUUUAUUCAGUUAAUAUUAGGUUUACGUUAUUUACAUAAAGAGAAGAAAAUACUGCAUAGAGACUUAUCAUCAAAUAAUAUAAUGAUUAGUGAAGGUAAUAAGGUUACUAUAACGGAUUUCGGUUUAGCAUAUCACAAAACAUUGAAUUCAAAUGAAAUAAAAUCAACUGUUGGUACAUUAUUUUAUGCCUGUCCAGAAAUGAUACAAUGUCUUCCGUAUGGUGAGGGUGCAGAUAUAUGGGCACUUGGUUGUAUUCUAUAUCAGAUGUGUACAUUUACUUCACCAUUUCAAGGUGAAUGCAUUCUUAGUACUGCAUCACGUAUUGUAAAAGGUGAAUAUCAAUCUGUCAAAAUUAAAUGUCCAAAUCAAUAUUCUAAUCUUGUUGAUCAAAUAAUUGAAGUUUGUUUAAAACCUGAUCCAGCUCAGAGACCUGAUAUAACAGGUGUGGCUACUUAUUUGACCAGUGAUAUUCUGUCCCAAUUAGAUGCUACACAAUCAAAAUGUGCAAAAAUUAAAGGAAAAUUAAAAGAGUUUCAAAAUACCAUUAUAUGUGAUUUGUGUUGUCCUUUUAAACACUCUAAGGAUGAACAAGUUUGUGAGAAACAUAGUACAUAUAUUAAUAAUGUUAGAGUACCUGAUUCCAAUGUAGAAAAAAUAUCAACUACUGAACAAAUUUUGCCUACGAUAACAAUCAACCAAGGUAAUUUACGUGAAAUCAAUGAUCCAGUACUCGAUAUCAGCUUAGAAUAUGAAGCUAUUCAGUAUAUAGUGAAAAGCUACCAACAUCGGUUAUUUGCUGCCGGUAUAAAACCAAUUACACUAAAAGAGGAAUUAUUUAAACUUACAUCUUAUUGUUCAGAUUGUAUAAAUGAUAAAUUUUUGGAGAUUAAUAAUAAAGAGAGUAAUUCUUCAUUACUGAAUAUACUUAAAAGUCACAAUUUGAUGGUCCUGGAAGAAUUAAGGGGAAUUAAAGUUCGGGAUGAUUAAAUCAAGUAACCAAUGACAGCAGCUUUGAUUUAUAUAGCAAUAUGUAAGUGCUCUAUAUCAAAUCCACGGCGUUGACAAUCGUUUUAUAAGGAGCCUAUAUGUGACAUAGUUCGCAACGUUAUAUUUUUUCUAUGUUAAUUCAAUACGUGCCUAUAUGAAGCAACGUGAUAUUGUCCUAUGUUAUGCAAUAUUUUAUCUGUGUAAAUUAUCAGAGUAAAUUCACAUAUACCA